AGGCACCACAACCACAACUAUCUCAUAGGCACCAACACCACAACUAUAUAUCUUCGAUAUUAGUUUUACAGACUAUUCUCAUAGGCACCAACACCACAACUAUCUUCAAUAUUGUUGAAUGAUGGCAUCCCACACUACCCUUGAAGAAAAAUUUGAUGAGCUACAAAAAGCAGAGGAAACACCCCAAAUUUCAGCACCAAAGAUACAAAAAGUGCCAGAAUAUCUUAGAAACAGAAAAGAAUUUAAGAAGUAUUAUUUACCCAGGUUGAUGUCAAUAGGUCCUGUCCAUCAUGACAAUGCAAAUCUCAAGUUAGGAGAGAAGUACAAGCUUAUGUGGGCAGCACAAUACAUCAACAAAUAUACCAGCAAAAUUGCACAUGAUCUACACAAAAAAAUUUUAGAUAAAAUUGAUGAAUUGAAGGGUCUUUUUGCCGAGGAUGUUUUAACUGCUACCGGAGAGUCUCUAAAAGGCUUCAGUUGCCUUGACGAAAAGUUGUCAUGGAUUUUGUUCAUAGAUGGAUGUUCUCUGCUGUAUUUCUUGGCGGCGGCAAUGAAUGCCGACGAUAAUCCAGAGGAAAUUUUGAAUAUUAAGCAUGCUCAACUAUUUCCUGUGACGAUGGAUGUACUUUUGUUGGAGAAUCAACUUCCUUAUCUUGUACUGAAGCUGUUGUGGGAAAAAGAUGAUCAGCAUGAAUUGAUAGAUAUCAUGAAGAAUUUCCUCAAAGAUAAACAUUGGACACCAGAAAAUGAGACUAAAUCUGAUAAUUCGGUCACACCAGAUAAUAACAUGACUUUGAGUUCAGUCAGGUCACGCAUUCAAGCUUGUUUUUCGGUUCAGAAGAAGAAGAAGAAGAAGAAGAAGAAGAAGAAGAAGAAGAAGAAGAAGAAGAAGAAGAAGAAGAAGAACAACAACAACAACAACAACAUAGUGUAUCAAUACCGAAUGAGUCUGAGUUACCAACUCAUCUUCUUGAUCUUCAGCGUAAAAUCAUCCUCUCCAAAUCUUCUUCCAAGAUCACUAAAGGCAACGAAGCUGACAGCAUGAAUAAAGGUCAUAAGAGUUCAAAGAAAAACACCAGGAUGAUGACAUAUAGGAACGUACAAGAUCUAAGAAAAGUAGGAAUAAAACUUGAGCCACGUGAGAUACAAGGGCCAAUCGACAUAGUUUUGCAGCGCUGCAAAACUGACUCUCCCUGAAAUGAUUGUUGAUGACAUCACAGCCUCUACAUUCCUCAAUCUAAUAGCGUAUGAGAUGUGUCCUGAUUUUGAUACUUGCUAUGAGAUAAGUUCUUUUGUAUCUUUCAUGGACUUGCUCAUUGACAAUGCUGAAGAUGUGAGAAUAUUGAGAAGAAAAGGGAUUUUGCUCAAUUGCCUUGGUAGUGAUGAGGAAGCUGCACAUCUUUUCAAUAUCAUAAGUACCGACAUGUGGGAUUAUUAUAAACUUACAUAUCCUAUAGUUAGAGCCCAAAUACAUGAGCAUUACUACAAUAAAUACAAGACUUGGAUAGCACUGGGUAUUCACACCUAUUUCAACAAUCCUUGGACCUUUAUUGCCUUCCUAGCUGCCUUUAUGGCAUUGACUCUUACUUUUGUUCAAACAUGGUUUACUGUUAAACAGUCUAAGAAAUAAAUGUGUUUUGUUGUGCCAAUGUUGUUUAUUUAGAGUGUGUGCAGGUAAUAGUCGUCGUCUAGUAAGACAAUUACAACUAGUGUACUUCUUCUCUAUAGGCUAUGUGGACUUUAUUUAUGAAUUUUCGGGUUAAA